UUGGUCUUAAACUGCUUUUUUAGGACAAGCAGCCGACAAAGCGGUACCAACGACGAGAGUUCCACCGAAACUUCAGUUCGCGAACCGUUAAGGUAUUUCGGGCAAAAAACAGUAGCUGAUCGGUCGGCAAACAGUCCUCGAACGCUACCGGGACGAGGAGGCGGCGGCAAGAUGUCAUUAAUGGAAAUGAGGUCGCGCUCACUGUUGCAGAACAAAGACGAUAACGGUCAGCCGCUGAAUUAUGCGUCUGGAGUCAACUCCGUUUACAUACCGGAACCGGAUUAUGAUAGCGAAGAAACGAACUCCACCGGUAAAGAGACCAAGGAAAGCGAGAACAGCAUCUCUCCUGGAGGCGAACCCAAUCGUCGGAUCGGCCAUGCGUGUCCUCAGGAUGAGGUUUAUCACAGGGGUGACCGCGACGGAGCAAGAAUGUAUUCGGCCAGAAACAUGAGUACAAACUAUUCAUUGCCAUAUGCGACCUCAUGUCCGCAGCUGAAGGGUUUCUCGCGUCAAGCACGCUUUCCCUACGCCAGCACGCUUUCCAGCCAAACUCAGGACACCCCUGAAUAUUCUUCGGAUUUAUACCGCAACAGUGGUUCUCACAGUAAACAGUUAUUCUACAUAUCUCAACCGAAAAACGUGAAAAGCCCUGACUCUCGAAAUGCUGCCACUGCCACCAUGUCCAGACUGUAA